AAAAAAAAAAAUCAUUUAAAAUUCCAAAUAACAUAUAUUCAGAGUUUCAGAAAAAAAAAAACUCUGUUAAACAUAUAAUGGUUCUUCUAACAUGCCAAAUCUUUACUCUGUUCUUAAAAUGUGCUUAUGAUGUUCUUAAAAUGAGUUUCUGUUUUUUUUCUCGUUCAAAAAAUAUGUACAAUAAUAGAAAGGCUCUACAUUAUAGUCCCAUCACAACCAAUAUAUUUAACAAUCAAGCAAUAUUAUCAAAUUUUUAAUAAUAUAAUGUUAAUAUUCAGCAAUAAAAAAUACGACAGUUUACUUUAGGUGUAUAGAAAUAGAAUUGAACUUAAAAGGGCCCCAUCAUUUUCAGUAGCUUAGGGCCCCGCCAAGCUUAAAUCCGGCCCUGACUGUAAUCACACAUUGAUGACAUUAGUUGUUAUCGCUCGUCAUCUGCAGAGUGUUGAAUGUUCGUGGUUGUCUUAUUGCGAUAUGUUAAGGGAAUGUUAAUAUUAUUAAAGUUAUGUUACUUCAUUUUUCGUCAGGAUUUUUAAUAUUCUCUCAUCUAAAUUCAUUAUCACCAAAAUCUCCAUGGUGCCUGUGAACUGCCUCACUGUUUACUUCCUUAUCAGUUAAGACUAUCUGCAAAUAGAUAUGAAGAUUCAAUUAAGAUUUAUCGCUCUGUCAAAUGCCUAAAAAUAUGAUAUUUUUAAAAUUAGAUAACACUUGUUUUGCAAGGUUUUAGAAAGGAUUGACGAUGAUGACUAAACCUCCUCCAGAAUUAUUGACUCCCCUUCAUGUACCACAAAAAUUAUUGAUGGGUCCAGGGCCAUCAAAUUGUCAUCCAAGAGUUUUACAUUCUCUCUCACAGCAAAUGCUUGGACAUUUAGAUAGGAAUUUCAUGGAGAUUAUGCAUGAAGUAAAAAUUGGAAUUAAGUAUGCUUUUCAAACUGAAAAUGAAAUGACAUUUGCUGUUAGUGGUACUGGACAUUGUGCUAUGGAAACAGCAAUUUGUAAUGUUUUGGAGCCAGAUGAUAAAUUUUUGGUUGCCUCACCUGGAAUUUGGGGAGACAGAGCUUUAAAUAUUGGUCAACGACUUGGGGCAAAAUGUCUUCAACUGAAGACACUGGAAGAUGAGGUUCUUCAAAUUAAAGAUCUAAAAAAAACUAUGAUUGAAUUUCAGCCGAAUGUAGUAUUUUUAUGUCACGGUGACAGCUCUACUGGUGUUCUUCAACCAUUACCAGACAUCAUUGAUUUUCUUAAUAGCUUUAAUUGCAUUAUUAUAGUUGAUUCAGUUGCUUCAUUAGGAGCUGUUCCAUUAUUUAUGGAUAAAUGGGGUAUUGAUGUUUUGUAUAGUGGAUCACAAAAAAUUUUGAGUGCACCACCUGGAAUUUCUCCUAUUUGCUUCAACACUAAGGCAGUAAAAAAAAUGAAGUCAAGGAAAACUCCUAUAUCAUCCUUCUAUAUGGAUGCUUUAUUAUUAGGAAAUUAUUGGAAUUGUGAUGGAGACCCCGUGAA